AUGGCGGCGUGUGAAAUAGCUUUACUGUUGGCAGAAAUAUGUUUUGUUGCCCUGGUAGCGUCACAACCUCAGGAGACGGAUCUCAUGCAAUUAAUCAAACAUAUACAAGCUGAAGGUAUAGAGUUCAAACGGAAAUUGGGCAUUCUUGAAGACACAAUACACCUACAAAAGGAGCAUAUUCAGAAACAAGAUAGACGUAUUUCAUUUCUUGAAAACAUUAUCGAGUCACAGACUGACAAGAUAUGGUUGCAACGUCCAACUGGAAAACAUCAUUCAGAUGUUUAUAACAACAAUGUGUCAAAAGAGCGAUGGAUUGAUGAAACGGAGAAAGAUAUUCACAAAAAGCAGAAAACCCCGAAUCCACCUUUCAGCAAGAUAAAUGAACAAAGACAUCUUACCGACGAAAACGCAGAAUUUGGACAAAGGGGACCAACAAGUUCAGAUGUUGCGAAAGAGAGUAUAACAGAAAAUAGAAUAACCAGAAAGAGCCAUCUUCCCUCCAGAACCGCAAGGAGCACUCCCUCACCUAUAGCAUUUCAGGCAUACCUUUCACAUGAUGUUAGUCAUGUUGUUAAGCAUCAAAUAAUCGUAUUUGACAGCGUUAUCACUACCAUCGGGGGAGGAUACCAUGGUCACCAUGGACUAUUCACCGCCCCUAAGACUGGAAUUUAUAUAUUUUCUGCAUCAAUUCUACUGCAACCAAAUUAUCUAAUCGAAGCAGAGAUCAUGAAAAAUGGGCAAGCCGUCAAAGGAAUAUUUGUAAAUGCUCAUAACCACGACAAUUUUGUUCAAAGCUCUGGGUCAGCUGUGCUACAGUUGAGUGUUGGAGAUGAGGUAUGGAUUGAAACUACCGAAUGGACAGCGGAAACGGCGUUGAGAGGGGAAGGCGGUUACACAAGUUUUAUGGGAUGUCUUAUAAUGGAACUUUAAUUUCGACUGAAUGCGGCGAGAAUAAUGUAUGCAUAACAAUCUGAAACAUUUUUUAUGAAAUUGUCCUAAUAUUAUAGCAUACUUCUUUACCAUCAGAUUGCAAGUGUUAUGAUUAACUAUCUUAAAAAAAUAUUGUUUGUUUCUGAUAGAAGUUCUUGCAACAGACACGCCGAUGAUUUGCGUAUAUAAAACCGACUAUUUGCACUCGUUGGUCUCUUAUAUCCCUAUAAGUGCCCAUGAAAUGUAUUUCAACAAUCUUGUAAAUUAAUAUUUAGAGCUUAGACAUAUUUUUGUUAUUUCAGUUGAUUCCAACAGCUUCAGUAAUAUCUAUAAGAUCAAAACUGUUCACAAGUACUAUCUUAAAAAGAGAUUUUAUAGAAUAUUUCAGAUAAAUCCAUAAAACAGGAAGUUUUGUGUAUACUUUCAUGAUGGAAAUCUUUAAUACCUAUACAACUGAACUUGAAUAUCAGUAACGUUCAUCCGAAUGAACAUGUUUAGUAUCAACCCCUGAUGGUCUUCUUGCGGUG